CGCAAACACGCCGCCCGCAAUACUCAUCACAAACUAUCAACUAUGAACAAUUAGGCCUUACCACACGAUACGAUGACGACUAACCUGUCACCCCAGGGCGCUGCCUGUCCAUUGUUCCGCGCAGAGGAAAGCGCAGGACGCUCCGUGCAUCCCAAUUAGCAGAGAGUUUCGGCGACAAGUGAAUACCAACUACGGACUCAUCAAUACCGCACUUCGACGGCCAAAGGACGCCAGGGAUAGCGUGUGUAAAUUUUGAAAUUGUCGAACCCAAAAAAUAAAAGAAGAAGGGAAAUUCGGCUCGGAUUAUUACAAAGGAGGACAAGACAUAGUGUUUGUUAUGCGAGAGUGUGCCCGAAAGUUAGCGAAAUUUUGGCAACGACGCAACCUAACUGACGAGUGCAUGCGCAGUAUUAUUGGAUACAUUUUGUGAUGAUCGUCCGGCAGGGACGCUUAUAGUGAAUCAGUGUGUCGGGACUUCUUGCCUUUUUUUUGUGUUGUGCUUACAGUGCUUGUCGAAGUUUAAGACGUUUUUGAACGGGUUGACAAUGGAGAGAAUACCACGCGUUCUAAUCAGUAUAGCACUCGCAGCUCUUCUACCGAUAGCCUCACCAGAGAGCCAGGAGGAAGUAGCUAAAGAGAACGUCCCUCACUCGCGCCAGAAGAGAAUACUUUGGAUAACGAACGAUGGACGUUUGGCUCUACCACCCGGGACCACGAUGGCAAUCACGCCGUCUAUUUCCAUGCCAUUUGUGAGGCAUCCACCGAAAGGAUUCCUAUCUAACAUGACUGUUAGUUUUCCCUUUACAAGUACCAUAAUGUAUCAACUGGAAAUUCAAAUUGAUUUCGACAAGCUGGGUUUAACUGACAACGAAAAUCCCUACGGCGAUUUGCCCCCUAUUUUCGCGCGGUCCAUGGGAAACGUUGCAGCGUCGGUCAUGGCGGACUAUGUGGGACAGUACUUGGAUAACCGGAGGGGGAAGAGGUCAACACGAGAAGCCAUCCCGCCUGAGGCAGAGAGCAUGGUGUUGGACAGGUUUCAUGGUGGAGAGAGAGCAUUAUUAUAUGGUAUCGCGGAGGAUCUCUUGGCAAACUUCGGGUUAGAUGGCAAAGAGUGUCUUUUGCGAGCCAUUUGCGAGGUACACGCGCACCCGUUGAAGAAUUUUGGCUUCGUGGGCGAAGUCAUGAAGCUUUUCUUCAGCCCUAAUAAAUCACCGUACGCGAAGCUCUUAGAAGAAUACGUGGAGGCGCAGCGCGCAGGGGAAUCUGGCGGAGAAUGCUGGCCCUACUACAGGCUUUGCCCUAAGAGUAUAUUUAUGCCUUCUACGAACAAAUAUUCGAAAGACGCUGAAACUCUUCACAGGCGACAGGAACAAGAAAGCAUCGACAACAACGAGAUGGAAUUUAAAGCUAUGUAGAUAGAUAUCUCUAUAGACAAAUAAUAUAAAUCUAAGGCUAGGUAUCCACCUAAGCGGA